AUGUGUACAGACAAGGAAUCCAACUAUAAAAUAACCACCAGCCAAAUUGAAAGUGCCGUAAGGUCAAUAGUUACGACUGAGGACCUCUCACAACUAACGGCUGGUAGAGUGAGGAAGUAUCUGUCCGAUUAUUUCCAUACUCCAAGGGAAUACAUGGACAGCAGAGAAUCUGAAAUAAAUGGGAUCAUAAAUCAGCUGUUGACAGAGAUGGCGUCCAAAAAGGUCAAAGAAAACAACAAAGACGCAGCCAGUGUGUCAAAGAACAUGACUUCUAAGCAUGAAAGUUUCGAAAAUCCGGAAAACAAUGGACUAGUUUCUCAACUUAAAGAAGAAAUAGCCAAUGACGUAAUUUUAAUGAAAACAUUAGAGGAAACGCAAUCGAAAAAUGGAACCAAAGCAAAACCCGAGAGGAAAGUGAAGCAAGAAAGACGUGUAAAGGCUGAAGAACCAGCGGAACCAGAGGUAGUGGAAGAACCACCCAGGAAGGUUUCCAAACUACAGCAGGACCUGAUGACAAAGGAGUUCUUCCUAGAAAACGCACGAAGUUUGGAAGUAAAAAUAGGCGAUUCAGAUCCGAUCUUUGCAAAGCCAAGGGCGUUCUCCACGGGAAACCUGGGAUGGUUCAUCAACUCCAAAACGACCUGUAAAGUUGGAGAUCAGGAGGUCAUUUGCCAAGUCGGAGUUACCUGCACAGCAAUCGGAAGCAAGAACUGGAAGGAUUGA